AUGCUAGUAACUAAGACUCAGCCUUAUGUGAAUGAUAACUUUCUAUGGCAGCAGGAAACAACUGAAUUAAACGAUGACAUAUUCAACCAGGAACAUGAAACUACCAUGAUGUUUGGGAUAUUCUACCUAGACGAGUUGAUUAAAGAUCAAGAUCAAAUUAUACUUAAGUCACAACUUUCUGAGUUGUCUUCAAUGUUGGAACCCUGGAAUGAAGCUUUCCCAUGGAAUGGUUAUAACGGUGUAUCACUUGAGAUCAGAGAAUCUUUAUCUGGAGAAUACUAUAUAUUUGGCUCGCUUCAAGUAGGGGAUAACGCUCGUGAUGAGGAGUGCUUGGUGUUAUCCAUACUUCUAAAUUUCUCGAGACAUGCAGGACCGUGUACAUUUAUUAAGGUAUGUGAUACAGACGGUGAAUUCAUAUUGAUGGAAGCCAAUGAGAUUAUUCCCGCUGAGCUAGAGUUUCCAGUUAGUAAUAACAGAAUAUGGAUAACAAUGGGCAAGAUCAGUUAUAUACCGAUUACUUUCUAUUAUGAUCGAGGCCUUAGUAAAUACGAAGCACUAUCGUUUUUGAAGAAAGACAGCUCAAAAGUUUCCUAUCUUCCGGAUCUAGAAAGUAAUAUACGAAAGAACUUCCUAAAAGUGUUCCCCUACUCUACUCUUAACAAACUGAAAUGCUGUAAAACUAUAAUUACUGAUUCAAAAGUGGCCGAAAUUUUGAAAUACAAUCCUAAACUGGUAAGCUUGGCUCUGACUCAUUUUAUGACGUCUUCUUUUGAGACGAUUCCAACAGAAAAACAUACAGAAGAUGGUCAUAUGAUAGAUGUCAUUGCGCCACAAUCUCACUUGGCUCUUGUUAAGAAGUUCGUCGAUUUGACGAGUACAGACCAAGAGCUAAACAAUAAACUUGACUUUUACAGUGAUACUCUUGGAAGCGUGUUGGUCGAUUCAAUUCAUCAUAUGAUUGACAAUGAUAUCCUAACUUUAAAUAGCAAUAACAGGUUAAAACCGAAAGCGUUACUAUCCUGUUUACAGGAGCAUAAAAUCAUUACAGAGGACUUUCAGAUAGCAAACGUAAAAUGGGACAUCCUUAACCCAGAUGAUGAUGUUGAAUUAAAUGCCACCAGUUUGGAUACCUUAAAGACUAAUCUAUUAUCUUUUUUGAACGAUGAGUCCGAUUUAAAGGGAAUCAUCAAUGAUAAUUCUGAUGAGAGAAACGUGAAUGGUGAUGCGCAUGUUGAUAAUGAACAAGAAUCCUUUCUUGAAAAGGACUCUGAUAUUUCCAUCGAUGAAGACGAUUUCUUUGAAUUCUUCCUCAAAAAUGGGUUAAACUUAGCUGACGAUUACAUUGCUAACUUGCGUGGAAGUUAUAUGGACAGCGAUGCUGAUAAAGAUCAGAUUGCAGAUUCUGAGUUAGAUACACUUUCUGAACUUCACCAAUCAUUACAAGAUGUGUCUGCUGAAUGCUCUCCAAUUGCUGACCUUGUCAAGUCACUCACUGUAGAUGGAGCUCCUUCCGGACCUCUUCAAACGAUUUUACAGAAUCUCAAGAAGCAAGAACCGUGA